AUGUCGAGCUCUGGAUUCGCCGUAUUUAUCAGCGAUUGCUCCAAGCGCGUAGAAUCCGGGCCCAGCGAAGAGCAUUUUCACUAUUUUUCCGAACUACUGGCCCUGCACGAUCAAUUUUUUGGCGAAAAAUGUCCGGAAGUCAUGAAGCGGACAGCGAGCAGCUUCAUCACAAUGUAUGGCAACAACCCGAAAUUCAAGGAGGAUCCGAAGCUCGCGUUUGCGUACUAUUUGAUGGGUCGAUACUCGAGGAGUAUGAGUGUCGAUCAGGUGAUGAGGACGCUGUAUGACAAUGAUGUCUUGGGUCUUGCCCGAAAAAAUGGCGCGCAACCCGCAAAGCUGAUUGAGAAGAUCGCUGCCCGCCUACUAGCGCCAUCACCUAUUUUGAAGAAUCUGGCUCCGCCUUCGGAGAAGAAGCCACAAACCGAGAGGACGAGGAGCAGCUCGCACAUCACCGCAUCUGUUCGAAAAUCGCUGUCCACGCCGCCGCCGGCCAACGAGUUGAAAACUCCGAAAGGGACGCCGAAACACACUCCCUACUUUACGCCGAAGACGAGCAAAGGCGUCGCGUCGAUUCCGCAGAGGAUCGAGAUUUCGAAGCAAACGCAGAAAGAUGCCAACAAAGGGCCGGAUGUAGCACUCGAAUCGAAGACGCCCACUUUCCCAACUGCAACAAAUCUCCAACCCGACAACAUGAGAGUGCAGCUUCACGCGACAAAUUUGCCCGAGACAAGACCAUUUUUCCACCAUCGCUCGCAUACUUCAAAGCACCUGGACACUUCUGGGCUGCGGGAUAGCUCCGAUCCGUUGAAGGAGUUUGCUGACGAAAAAGAGAACUCGAGCGAGGAACACUUUGUCCCCGGGGACGAGGCGCUCGGGCUGCUGGUAAUGAUGCCCGAAGAACACGAAGGGCGAAGGAUGUCCGGCUUUCAACUUCGGAGAAAGUCGCUGGCCGGAAAGGGCAAGAAUGGGCGCAGCUUUGCAGAGAAAUCAAUGAACAUGGCGAAGAAGCCGGCCACGCACCACGAUCUCCAGAAGGCCAUAGACGACCUUUGCCUCAACGGGCCGUCCUCAACAUCUACCUGGAAGGCGGAGCCACAGAAGAACCCGUUCAAGCUA